CUCGCUCAUCUGAUCCACUCUACGCUUGCUCUCCGACAGGCAGUAUGGGCGAGAGGUAGGCAGAACCAGAAGGUUAAUCGGAUCGAAGAUCUUAAUAUCAGUAGCACAAUUGUCGUUCGGUUCUUCACGUGCCGUUUUUCGCUUUAUUUCACCGCAUCAAUACAAGUUGUAUAAGAACAUCCUGGAAGAAUUAGAAUGGAUUUUCUCCUCAACGCUGCCGCCCGCACGGUUGCGGCCCAGACCGCUCGCGAAAGUGCGCCGGAGGCGGAGAUCCGCCCCGUCGACGUGGAAGCUUGCCAGCUUUGUGGGAUCUCCUAUCUGAACAAAGGUGAGCGUCUGAAACCGCUGCAAAACCUCGGGUAUGAGCUGUUACUCGAGAAGACAGCUUGGUUCGUCGUGACGGAUAAGGAUUUGCUGGGAACAAGCACAGGCUCUGGUCGUUCUUCCGCUUCAGCCUCCCGGGGCUUUAUCGUCUUCCGCGGCACCGCGAGCUUGCGGGAUGUCAUUACGGAUUGCCUUGCGAAGCCGACGGAGGGUAUUGCGACCUACUCGGCUGGAGGUUUGACAUCAAAUAACAAGAGCGACGAUAAUUUUUCCACCGCGUACCUUCCCCGCACGCAGUUCCACUCGGGAAUAUUUGCGAACGUGGUGGAGAAUUUGAAGCUGCGCGCGUUCCUGGAACUUGUCGGCUUGGUGAAGAGGCAAGCGCCCGGGUUGGACCAGAUUAGGAAAAAAUUCGAAUUUGUUUCCUCAAAGAAAAAAAUCAUGGAAGUAGCAAAUUGUUGCACCACCUUCCCAAUAAAGCGGUGGUUUUUCUGCGGGCACAGUCUCGGGGGCGGUUGUGCGCAGCUGUGUCUGACGCUGUUGGAAAAGGGUUUUUUCGAAUCCAGUGCAAGCUUUCCUUCAAAAGCGAGCAUCACUGCGAGCUUACAGCAGGGGGAAGGAUCCAGCUGUGAGGAAGAGAAAACGCAGGAAAGGAAGAAUAAGGAACAAAACGGAGCACCAAGUGUUGCUGCUGCAACGCCUCCGAACUCCGGCCGGAGUAACACCGCUGCGGGCCGCGAACAAGCUCAAACUGCAACCACUUCAACAUCUUCGCAGGAAUUUGCCCCAAUCCACCGAAUUCCGAUUUUCCAACAAGAUGCGCGUGGGAAAACAGCAACUUCUGCGGGCCAAAAUUUUUUCCAACUGGAGGCCAUCAGUUUCGCGUCCCCACCGAUCUACUUUGAUCCGCUGCACCAGCUUUCGUCAACGAGCGGAGCACCAGCUUCGAGCACUUAUGGUGUGGAAAAUCAAACUCAGCAAGAGCAAAUAGACCUUGUUUCCAAUGCCUCCACGAUUUCUUCCUCCUCCUCGCAACCCGGAAGGAGUCGAAAAUCGUGGCUCCCGCACGAGCAGCACAAGAUCCGCGCCUUUGUGUACGGCUCGGACCCCAUUCCGAGACUGGACCGGCAGGAGGACAACGUGCUGUUGACACUCCUCGGGAGGUACAACCGCACGGCCAGUAUGCACCAGAAACUUUUGUCCGUGAACCACUACAUUCAUCACCCAAAUGAGUACACUGUGUGGAUGCUGCCGGACAUUUUGCUGCAAAACCUGCACACGGCGAAGCAGGUCGGAAAAUUCGUGUUUGAAGGAGCAAAGAACUUGUUCAGUCGGACAGCAUCGGCGAGCAGUAGCAAGACGAAUAAUACCACUAGCAAGGAUAAGGAACGAAAUGACAGGAAUGAUGUCAAGUCCGAGGAGAGCAGUCAGAGCGGGUUGGAAAACGGAACCACUGUGGGUGGAAAUAAGAAUAGCGACACCUUGGCGACGAGGAGGGAAAAAAUCAAAAAAGAAAAUCAACUACCACAAAAAGCUGGUGGCGGUGCAGCCUCUAGCUCCCUCUUCGGAGCGGCCGCCGGUUUUUUUGCGAAUGUUUUGGAAGCAAGUGCGGAAAAUCAAAAGCAAAAGCAAGCUGUGGCUUAUCAGCCAAAACCAAGGACAGGAACUGGUGAUAAUAUUACUGCGAAGAAAAAUAACAUGAUGACCCCAGAAGGCGAAGCAGCUGGGAAAGAUUUGAUCGGCACCAGAAACCCGGAAACCGUCGACGCCCGGGAGAUGCCGCCCGAGACGAAGGCCAUUGUUUUGAGCAGCGAGGCUAGUGGUGGGAAAUUUUCCCGUGCGAAAGUGAUGAACGUGAAUGACAGCAAUCCGAGUGACCACUUGUUGUCAAAGUACGAAUUUGGUUUUAAAAAUCACUACCGGAAAAGAGACGCGUUGCAGUUCACGCCCCUGUAUGAGGUGAGGCUGGAAGAAAUUGUGAACUGAUGCUCAUCGACGGCUCUAUCACGCGCGUGGUUUUUCUCAAUGCGAAGGAAGCUUCAACAUUUUUCAAGAUUAACAGAAUCCAACUCAACAAAGGUGAACAUGUGGACACGUCCAUCGUCCCCUACGUAUAAAUCAAUAUGAGGAG